AUGGCCACCACUGGGCCAGGUUUAAUGAAAUUACCCUCGUUGGGCUCGAGUCCACUUCAUAGACAACUUCCGAUCAGCACCGAUGACAGCCCACCCGGUCGCCGCCGAGCUUCGAUCACCGACCCCAGCUUGCAUGCCCACUCCUUGCCACCCGCUCCAGCUAGCAGUCUUCAGCCAGCCAGUCUGAGUAGUGCCCGGAGUACCACACUGCCUUCACUCCGAGAAAUGAAUCAGCAUCCAAGCCUCAGUCGUGCCGAACCGGAACAGAGCUCAAGAAACCUCCAACUCCCCUCCCAGCCGGUCGAGCACAGCGCAUCCAUCGACCCGGCUGCCCGGCGCCGUGGAAGUGCUGCCGAUCUCGAUAACAUCUUACUCAACUCGAACUCACCCGACCACCGCUAUCAUCAUCAUCAUCACCACCACCAUCCCCCUCCAUCCGAGCAUCCGUUCCCGGCCACUCCGUCCAAAUUCAGCCCAACCACCGCGGGCCCUCCUUCGCCCUCCUUCCACCUCUAUCCGCAGACGUCCAACAGCCCUGUCUCACCCAGAAGCUUCCCGUCCAUCCCAUCAGCCCAUCAGCCGCCCGAACUCAGCGCCGUCUCAAUCGGCCCCCUCACUAGCAGACGGCCAUCCUCCGCCAUGAGACGCAGAGGAUCAUCGCGCCUCAAUGAGCUUGAUAGUGGCCAAACCGAAGAUCCGUCUAAAGUCCGCACCCCUGGUCUUGCUGCGAAUCCAAGCGGAUCGGAUCAUCCGCGUGGCUUCCCUCUACCUGGCGGCUCACAAUGGCCUUAUCCAACGCCACACCACCGGCAUCAGUUGCACCAGAAACCUCCGAGUCCAAUGAAGCGUCGCCACAGCAGCCAAAGCACCUCUGAUUCCACUGUCCCCCCUCCCGUCUACUACGCUCUACCGCCCGAUCAAAGCGGACCAGCUGAUCAUCCUUGGAAUUCGCCUGGCCUGCUUUCCAAUCACUCUCAACGGGAGGCCCUGGCGGAGUAUACUAUGCUACCCAGUGCUAAUGAUCGCCUCGACGUCCGCCGACAGUCCGAAACUUCGACUGUCAGUAGUAGCACCGGGACAUGGUUCGAUCGCAGGCAAAGCGGUGGGAGUGGGGGAGGCGAAGGACCGGAUGAUAACCCAAACCUGAUAUCUGACCAUUCAUUGCGUCAUCGGUCUUGGUCAUCAUCAUCAAAUCCACCCUUCUCGCCAACCCAGACAGCAGUAGCUGCAAGCAUUGGCAGUUAUGCGUUUCCCCCAAUCCCACCUGGAGAACAGGCCAACAAUCGAGCGAGCUAUCAGGCCCGACCCGGAGUGAUGACCGAAAACGGAGGAUGGAACCUGAGCAAGUCCAACUCAUUUGAUGAUCCGGUGACAGGACGACGUUCAUCGGGAGUUGAAGACGAACUCAAAGACAGGUUGGCUGGCACGCGCCUCGACCGUCUACCCCUUCUUCAUUCACGGCCCGUCCCGGAGGAAAGCGACGGUGGUGGGCCGCAAGACAUGGACCAUAUCAACCAGGCUAACAGGCUUGGUACAGCUGGCGCCCUUAGUCCCUAUUCACGCUCGCCCGAGUUGAAGAUCAGUCAUAAACUUGCUGAACGGAAACGAAGGAAAGAAAUGAGAGACUUGUUUGACGAAUUACGUGAAGUCCUACCCGUGACGGACGAAAGACACUCCAAAGGAAGUAAAUGGGAAACCCUCAGUCGAGCGGUUGACUACAUGCAGCAAAUACGACUGGAGAAUGAGAGGCUGAAAGCGGAUAAUCUGCACUUACAAGGCAGACUUAACUCGCUCAGUGGCGGUCUCUCCACCAGAAUAGAACAACAAGACUCGAAUAAUCCACAGCGUCCAAACCAUGGGGGCCAUGGCGGCUUCGGCUAG